CAUUUUGUUUUUGUUUCUCCCUUUUUCUGGUCAUCAUCAUGACCAGAAAAAAGGUGAAACUUGCAUUCAUAGUCAAUGAUUCUGCGAGGAAGACGACAUAUAAAAAGAGGAAGAAAGGAAUGCUGAAGAAGGUUGAGGAACUCAGCACCCUUUGUGGCAUUGAAGCAUGUGCUAUUGUUUAUAGUCCCUUUGAACGUGAGGCUGAGGUUUGGCCAUCCGAUGAGGGUGUCCAAAAUGUGUUGGGAAAGUUCAGGUCUAUGCCUGAGUUAGAGCAAAGCAAGAAGAUGGUGAACCAGGAAGGGUUCAUUGGACAAAGGAUCCUGAAGAGCAAGGAGCAACUGAUGAAACUAGUGAAGGAUAAUAGAGAGAUGGAAACAACCACGUUCAUGUUUCAAUGCCUUAGUGUGGAGAGUGUUGAGCCUAAUAAUAACACACAUGUGACUGAUUUGAAUGAUCUUUCUUCAGUGAUUGAAGUGACUCUUAAGGAGAUUAGUAAAAGGUUAGAAACAAUGAAUGUUAAUGAGACGACCACGACCCCAAACCAAUCCCAAUUGCAAGCACCAUCGUAUCAACUCCAGAUGCCGACACAAGCAUACCAAUCCAUGCAGACACCAACGUUGUCAAUGCCAAAGUCAGAAGAAAUGACAAUGAUGAAUUUCGGCCAUGAGUUGGAUACGAAUGCUAAUCCCAUGCAAAGGCAGUUUUUCAUGGACUUGCUCAAUGGUAAUGGUCGGGAUGAGAUGAUAAUGCAUCCUCCUUCACUUGUUGAUGCUGAUCUCCGACUCCAAACUGGCUUCUGGCCUAACAUGUUACCUUAAGAAAACAUGUCAUUGUUAUCUGUCUUAU